UUCGGUGCACCUGUCUUUCCAAGAAGACAUCACAGCGUUAUACGUACGAACCUUUAGCUUGGUUUCGGCGAACGCAUCUUACUAAAGAUAAAUAUCUGUGCAAGGAGAAUCAUCAAGCCACAAUUUAGGUCCGAAAGCUCCGAAUAUUAUAUUUGUUCAAGCGAUAAAAAGAGUCGAAGCAAGUUCUAGACCAGACUACAGUGAGAAGUAUGGCCAGUCCUCUGGGAGCAGCGUGUCCUGUAGGAAUGGAUGUUGACCUGGACAAAGUGUACGGGACUAUCUAUGGACAGUGUACGGGGGACGCCAUUGGUCUGCUGACAGAGUUCAUGGAUAAGAGAAAGGCUCACAAAUACUACCAGCCACCACUAGAGUACGACAUGAAGGUUUCAGACCGACACCGUAACAGCUGGAGAACAGGGGACUGGACCGACGAUAGUGAUCAGAUGAUCCUCAUCAUGCAGGCCCUCACCCGUACAGGGGACAAGGUGAGUGAGGACACCCUGAGGACGUUCUCCGGAGACCUGUAUAAGUGGAUGCUGGAUGGGUUUCAAGAGCUGGGUGACAGGGGCGGGUGUGGUCUGGGCAGAACGACACACACUGUGCUGACUCAUCCCGAGUUCUUUGACAAUCCUCAGAAGGCUGCCCGUGAGGUGUGGGAGGGUACAGGGAAAGCGGCAGCUCCUAACGGUGCGGUGAUGAGGACGUCUAUCCUGGGUGUGCACCACUUCUGGGACCUGGACACUGUCGGGGAGAACGCCAAACUGUUCUGCCAAACAACACAUGCAGAUCCACGAUGUGUUGCUUCAUGUGUUGCUGUCACCACUGCCAUUGCCCAGAUGCUGCAGGGUGAGACAGAUGUGGAAAAAAUCAUCCAGAAAAGUUUCAAAUGUGCUUCUGCGUAUUUGAACCAUGACAAGCAAGUGGAUGAGCUGCGAUGGUACAUGGAACCCAGACAGCUAGAAGAGCUGCAGCUGGAUGCUCAUGGUGUGAUCGGCUACACCUACAAGACUCUGGGUGCCGGCUUCUGGGCACUACGACAGGACAACUUCCGUAAGGCUAUAGAGAGGAUCACCAUGGAGGCGGGUGAUGCAGACACAAAUGCAGCAGUGGCGGGGGCCCUCCUGGGCUGCAGACUGGGAAGGAAGAGUCUGCCGGAUUCUUGGGUCAUGAAGAUGCCACACAAGGACUGGCUGAACUGGCAGAUCAAAAAGUAUCUACAGGCUGUUGGUUUGAAGAAGGCCAACAAAUCUCAUAGAGGCAGGGAUGGAGAAGACAGAACAGGACAUCAUAGUCACCAUGGACACACUGUGGAAGGCCACAGAUACACAGGACAACCCGCUUCUGUCUCCACUGGACAAGGGCAAGGGAAGCAUGGGGAGAAGACAAGUAAAACAUCACAGGAAAGACACAAGGAGGGUGUUCGCAAUGCUCACAGAGACUCUGAGCAAACCGGAAGAAGCCAUGGUCAUGUGGGCUUGGCUGAUAGUGUUACCAUCCGUUGUCCUCCAACAAAGGAUCAUGUUCAUGGAGGUAACACAAAUAGGUCAGGUCUUGCAGGGCAGCCCCAUCAUCAGUACCCACAGAAGUCCGAUGAGAACCCCCACAGGUCUGGUCAUGUGGGGUCUAGGCAUGACCCGUACACUGACAAGCCUGGUCAUUCUGAGCCUUUCCACAACCAGAAGCCUCAUGAUGUAUCACAUAGCUGUGGAACAGUUGAUGACCGUUUUAAGACAUCAUAUACUGCUGCAUUUGGUGGCCAGGGUGGGGCCUCAGUAUCGCACAAUGAACCAAACAGGGGCAAACAGGGUUCUGUUGAAGGUGCAGCUGAACCACAAGCAAAUACCCAGGAGGGUCCCAUGAACUUCUAACCAGUACUUGUAGAAAAAAAAGAGAUGUAUGGGGAAGUAUUUGCUCUUGAAGGGCAAAAAGCAACCAUAUUACAUGUAGCAGGUGUUAGACAUGUAGUUACAAAGUCUGAAAGACUCUAAGGUAGCGUCCUUCUCAAGUGUGUAUGAAAUAAUCAGAACCAACAGAAGAAAGUAGAAUAGGACUGGACCUGAUGGGCAAUGGCUUAUGAUUUUGUGGUAAUGUUAAGAAUUGUGAUGACCGUUGACAGUGUGUGUAUAGAGCAGCUUUGCCUGGUAAAAACAUGUAACAUCCUUUCUGUACAAUAGGAAUGUAACCUAAAAGACAAUGGCCUAUCUGAUAGAUAUCAGCUAUUUUCAAUUGCAUGCAAACAUGUCUUUUGCAG